AUGGCGUCCCCAGCAGACCUUGUGAAUCAAGCCCUUGCACUAUCUGCUGCCAAUGCCGAGCUCACGGCUGAAGUUAGUCAGUUGGAGCAGCGCAAGGACACUCUCGACGGGCAAUUUCCGCGAGAGCUGAAUACCUUGAACUCCGCUAUCUACUCAGUCCACGCCCUCGGCCAUGCCCUAGAAGGGGAUCCAGAUCCAGUGGCCAGGCUCACUGGCCUGGUUAGGAACGCCUUGCGACCAAGCCCUUCUGUACACCUACAGGCGGAGAGAAUUACCAACUGCGACAAUAUACUGCAGCACCAGAAGGGCCCGGGCAUAGUGAAGAUUCUCGAUCUCAAAGCUUUUGGCGCAGCCUUCCACACCAUCCAACAAGUCAACAGGACGGUCUCCCACCUCGUCGUCCAGGCCAAAGACAUGACGGCUCAUGCCGCACACCUGGCCCAUAAAGCCACCGAGCAACUCACCAUGUGUGAGUCGACCACGCGCACGUUGAACUGCAUCCGGGAACAAUCCGAGGGGCAGCUCCGUCAUCUCGAUGCCAUGAUGGCUCGUUCUAAAAGUCAGUUGGACUCGGUGAAUUCAGCAGCCACUGCCGUGGGCAAUUCCGCCAGAUACCAUGACAGAAGGUCGGACGAGCAUGCAGACACGUUGGCUAGCACGUGGUGGAUUCCGGUGGUACAGUUGGUGACUGUGCCAGUGUCCGUCAUUGGAACCAUACGUCAUCACGAGCGGGCCACCGCACUCAAACAACAGGAGUCCCAGUAUCGAUCUAGAAUUCGCACCAUGGAGGCUGAAAAGAAGGACGUGGAGAUUAGAAUUGACCGUCUCCACGAGGCCUUGGGUAAUCUUUCACAGGCAGGGAAGACCUGUUCGGAAGUCGAGAGGGAAUCGACUCGCCUGAAGGACCAAUCUGUGGUUCUCUGCGAGCAGCUCUCGACCAUGUCAUCGGCGAUGCGGUCCGUGUUGGAUGCCAUGGAAUUGGUGGAGGUGGAUCUGGACCCGCCUGAUAUGCAGUCGCUUUCGCUGCAAUUCGUGGAGUCUUUGCGCUCUUUGUUGGAGGAUCUUCAUCAAUCCGGAUUUCUAGCCGAUGCCAAUCGCCCUUUGCUUGAACGGCUGCGAUCGAUUCAAACUCCUUGUGAUCAGGAUCGGUAUAGCGGACUACCAUCGACCUCCAAUGGCUGGGAGCAUGUGAUAUGGUGA